AUGGGCAAUGCCGUGCGAGGCAUCGUCGCCUUCGUUCCCUCUGAACGCUGUCAACGCUUCUUGGUGGGGGACCUGAAGGAGAUGCCGCUGGACAGAACUCUGGACCUGAGCAGCCGUCAGCUGCGGCGGCUGCCUGUUGCUGCGUGCAUCUUCGAUGAGCUGGUGAAGCUCUACCUGAGCGACAACAACCUCAGCAGCCUACCUGCUGAGCUGCAGGGCCUGAAGAAGCUGCAGCUCUUGGCCCUCGACUUCAACUGCUUUGAGGAGCUCCCUGCAGCUGUUUGCAGGUUGCCCCAGCUCAGCAUCCUUUACCUAGGGAACAACAGGCUGCACUAUCUUCCCAGAGAAGUAAGAGAUCUUAGGGAACUUACAACAUUGUGGCUGGAGACUAACUGCUUCACUGACUUCCCGGAGGCUAUCUGUGAACUCACAAACCUGAAGACCCUGCACCUGGGUUAUAACCUUAUCCGUAGUUUGCCGAAUGAUCUAAAGCAGCUGCAGGAACUACAAAGUAUCUGGCUUGCUGGGAACCUGCUCACAGAGUUCCCACCAGUGUUGCUGGAAAUGCACUUUUUGGCCAUUAUAGAUGUGGAUCGGAACAAGAUACGGUACUUCCCAAACUUGUCUCACUUGAACGGCUUGAAACUUAUCAUAUACGACCACAAUCCCUGCGUCAACGCCCCAGUGGUGGGCGAGGGAGUCAGAAGGGUUGGGCGCUGGGCCGACAACUCAGAUGACGAACAGGAAGACGUUGAGACGAAAGCAGGGAAUGAGACCGUAGAUGAAGCGGGGGAGGUCCAGUCUGAGGAGAAGCACACUGAUGAAGGGCAAGGAGCAGAGUGA